AUGAAAGGACAGGCUGAUAAGAAGAGGAAAGAGGUAUAUUUUGAAGUGGGGGACUUGGUAUUGGUUAAGUUACAACCAUACCGUCAACAUUCGGUGGUUUUGAGUAAGAAUCAUAAAUUGGGGUUGCGUUUUUUUGGCCCAUUUGAGAUCAUUCAGAAGAUUGGUGAUGUUGCAUACAAAUUGAAAUUGCCUACCACUGCUAGAAUUCAUCCCGUAUUUCAUGUGUCUUUGUUGAAGAAGUUCCAUGGCACUCCAGUUGAGCAAUACUUGCCUUUGCCAUUGACUACUUCAGAAUUUGGACUGACCUUGCAACCUGAGAAGAUUUUGGAUUCGAGAGUAAUUGUUCGUGGUGCUGAACAAAUUCCUCAGGUGUUGGUUCAGUGGGAGUCAACCAAACCAGAAUUGGCAACUUGGGAAGAUGCUCUGCUUCUUCAUCAAUCUUAUCCAUCCCUCACCCUUGAGGACAAGGGUGUUUUAAAAGGGAAGGGUAUUGUAACACGUGAGCUGCAUGAUGGGAGUGAACGACAUGUUAUUAUGAAUGAAAGACAGGUGGAACGUGAUCAGGGACACGUGGAACUUGAUCAGCAUGAGGUGGAGAGCAGACGCAGCACUAGGAUUCGUAAGGAAAAUUCUCUUUUAAAAGGAUUUGCGCAUGGAAGAGCAAAUGAUUGGAAGUGGGUCCCGGAUUUAGAUGUUGUUACUCAAACAUUGGAAGAGAAGUAUCCUAUCCCACCAUUGGUGACCCCAUCCGAAAAGACCAUAGUGGGUUCAAAGAUAUUUUCUACAUUUAUUAGAUUUCUGAAGAGCAAGGAUCCCAAUGACGGAACAGAACAAGCAUUACUAAGUGAACUGAGCUCUUUCAAUGAUUACAUAAAGGUAAAUGGCACUUUCAUAAACUGUAAUGAGAUAUCUGGAGUUGACCCAUCACUUGGACCAAAGUUAUACUAUUUGGAGAUCGCUCUGGGGCAUCAUAAGAAAUGGACAGUAUCUGAUCCACUUACCUCUUUGAAGACUUAUACGAAGGUAUAUACUAAGGAAAACACCACCAACACUACUUUCCCUAAACUCAAGAUCAAAGAUGGAGGAACACCCUCUUCUUCUGGAGCUCCUUCUUCUUCACGCAACUCUUUCCCUCCCAUAACACAUAACACAGAAGAUAGCGAUGAAGAUGUGUUCACUGUUCCAGAUGUGGAAACUGCAGCAAGUGUAGAUUGUGCAGGAAGAAAUCCAUGUAGCAGUAAUGUUAAUGAAAGUAACUCGACAGAUCCACAGAUACAUUAUCGUGGUUUCCCUGGAAAACGGCGUCAGGGAAGAAACCCUGUCGACAAAGAGCAUAGACGCCACAAACGGUUGUUAAGGAACAGGGUUUCUGCUCAACAAGCUCGUGAAAGGAAAAAGGUUUACGUAAAUGACUUGGAAUUAAGAGCUGUGGAGUUGGAAGAGAAGAAUACCAAUUUAGAAGGGCAAAUUUCAACGUUGAUCAAUGAAAACACCAUGCUGCGAAAGGUUCUCAUGAACACCAGGGCCAAAGUUGACCACAACAAUGAAGCGUAGAUCACUUGUUUAGUUAAAUGAAUAAGGCUUCUAGAAGACUCAGUUGUGUUUAUAGUUUCUUCUUUUAUCAGUUUCUUUUUGUUGGUGAUAACACAACAAAAAAGGUGUGUCUGAAUCUAUAAAAUAUUUAAACCUAGUACUUUGUCUAGUGGUGGAAUCCUUGUAUCCUUAAAAUCUUCCAAAAGUUUUGUAAAAUCUUAAUGUUUCUUUCCUUUAAAACCCUAAGCAUUAUGUAUUUCU